ACACUGUUUAUAACGAUUUGUGGUACAAGUUUAAUAAAUAAAUAAUGCUUGCAUAAAUUUUGUUAUAUCAUAAUGGUUCAAGGAACGACACUUCACAUACCGCUCGCUUUAAUAUCCCCACCCGUAUUCUGUUAAAUCCCGCCUCCUUGUCAAUGACUGGCUAGUGUCUCGUAUUGUAAGCCAAAUUGUGAGCCAAUCACUGCCCGCGUUACUUGUCAUUUUAGCCAAUUACAGUUUAGGAUGGGCGAGUUUCCAGAAAACGGGUGGGGGGAAGAAUCCGAAUCGGACUGUAGAGAUGGUCGUUAACGGCUUAAAGUGGAUUUCUCAAAGGGGACGGAACAUCAUGAGAAAAUAUGGCGUAUUAUUCCUGCUACUGGCUGAUGUUUUCUUCAAAUCUGCAAAUGAGUCUCUGGCCGAGUGCCCCAGCGGAGGAGUGUGCAGUAAAUUACCAGCUGCCUGCUUCACCUGCUCGUACCAUCACAACUGCAGCUAUGGCAAGCCGCACAAUUUCACCUGCAGAACCCGGGAGGGAGUGCACUGUGUGGUGUGUAUGCCUGACCCAAUCACACUGAUCUUUAGUCCAUCAUAUGAGGGAGUGCACUGUGUGGACGCUUCAGAUCGGCAGCAGACCGUCUUUAACCUGACCGUGGAUUGUCAGUUUUGCUGGCAGCUCGAUCCUGCUCUGUAUCGCUGCAACAUCUCCACCACCUGCAUGACCGUGUCCUGCCCUCGCAAGCGCUACAACGCCACCUGCUCCGUCCUGGACCACGUAAACUGCUUAGGAAAAAGGGAAUUUCAGAAGCGUUUGUUCUGCAACUGGACCGGAGGAUAUAAAUGGUCCACAGCUCUGACUCUUAGCAUCACUCUGGGCGGCUUCGGAGCCGACCGCUUUUAUCUGGGUCAGUGGAGAGAGGGACUGGGCAAGCUCUUCAGCUUUGGCGGACUGGGCAUCUGGACCCUCAUCGAUGUCCUCCUCAUCGCCGUGGGUUACGUAGGGCCUGCUGAUGGAUCGCUCUAUAUCUGAGAUGUAAAUUGACAUCACACAGGGUUUUUUUUGUUUGUUUUGUUUUGUUUUUUAUACCGAAAGGGAAUGUCAGACUGGACUGGAAGUGUGAUAAGCUUGAGCUGGUUUUCUCACCACAACUAGGCUACAGGAAAACAUUAUGAUUGUGUUCACAUAAAAAACAAAAACAAACAUGAGGUGUAGCUUAAUAUCACUACAGGUGAAGGACUCCAUAGCCGUCUGCAUGAUUCCCAGUCCUAGCGCACAUACGACAGAGCUGGUCGGUUAUGACAGAACGACUCCCGUGCUGAGCUGUAUGAAGAGGUGUGUGAGAAAAGACUCGGAAAGAUCCUCGACAUCAUCCUCGACCUCACAGACUAAUUGUAAUGCCACUUUAUAUCUUAGAGCUGCGCCUUCGGUCUUCUAGAGACAAGAAAACGAGUUGUAAAUAAACACAUUUACGCCUGGAAGCGUACCCAUGGGUUCUUUUUGCCUUUUGUUGAAAAGAAACAAAAACCUCAAGGUGUGCCGGUGCCAUUAUGCUGUUACGCAGUAAUGCUGUUCAGCUUGUGUGUGUGUGUUGUAAUGGUUGUAUCUAGGCAGUAAUUGCAUUUGUACCACUAUUUAUUUUCUCAUUUCUCCUUUUUAUUUGACCUCCUGAGAAGAGCAAAUGUUUAUAUGAUAUGAGUUCUUCCGGUUUCACCAAGCAAAUAUAUAGUCUCUGAUGUGUUUUAAAGGAUCGAGUGCAUCAUCCCAGGCAUGAAUGGGGAGUAAUUAUAGAAAUAAACCAUGCAAAAAUCAGA